AUGACCAACCUAACUUCUACAGAAGACUCACCGACGUUUAUCGGUUUGAAGGGUAAAACUCUUCAAAAUAUUGUCAGUGUAAUGGCCUCUGUUGGAUUUCUGCUCUUUGGUUACGAUCAAGGAGUUAUGGGCUCCCUUUUGACAUUGGACUCAUUUAAAAACACAUUUCCCUCAAUCGACACUUCUCGUCAUAGUGAUGCAGCCACAAUGCAAGGCUUUACAAUAGCCGUGUAUGAGAUUGGUUGUCUAUUCGGUGCACUGUCUACAAUGGGCUACGGCGACAAAAUUGGUAGGAGAAAAUGUAUCUUUACAGGAUGUGCAAUUAUGAUUGUGGGAGCAAUAUUGCAGUGUUCUGCUUUUACAGUCGCACAUCUAAUAGUCGGCAGGAUCGUUACAGGAGUUGGAAACGGGAUCAACACGAGUACCAUCCCUAUGUGGCAGGCAGAAUGUUCUAGGCCUGAAGGCAGAGGUAGACUAGUGAUGAUAUCUGGAGCUCUUAUAACAGGAGGAAUUGCAUUCUCCUACUGGGUUGACUUUGGCUUCUAUUUCACCUCUGGGCCAAUCUCAUGGCGUUUCCCAAUUGCAUUCCAACUAGUCUUUCCAAUACUUAUCAUGCCAUUUAUACUGAGAUUUCCAGAAUCUCCCAGGUGGCUCGUCAAAAAAUCACGGUUAGAAGACGCACGUUUGGUCUUUGCAGCAUUAGAUGGAACUCCAGUUGACCACCCAGAGGUUAAAGCCCAGUUGCACGAUGUCCAGAAAUCUCUGGAUGAAGAACACAUUGCUGGAGCCGAGUCUUUCGAUCUCAAGAGGCUGUUUUCUCAAGGAGAGCAUCGUGAUUUCCAUCGGCUUAUGCUUGGCUUAUGGGCACAGAUCUUCCAGCAGAUAUCCGGAAUCAAUCUCAUUGUGUAUUACGCUGGUACCAUAUUUGAGAACUACAUUGGAAUGAGUGCAUUGAACUCGCGUAUUCUUGCUGCCUGUAAUGGCACGGCUUUUUUCCUUGCUGCCUGGAUCGCGUUUUUAUUUAUUGACAAUAUUGGUCGUCGGAAUUUGAUGCUUUUUGGCCUAGUGGGCCAAACUCUCUCAAUGUCAAUGCUGACAGUCACCACUUGGGAGUCGGAAAACAAGAAUAAUAAUGGUGCUGCCAUAGGAGCUGCCGUUCUUCUGUUUGUCUAUAAUACAUUCUUUGGUAUCGGGUGGUUAGGAAUGGGUUGGCUCUAUCCCGCAGAGAUUCCACCGUUGAGUAUCAGGGCUCCUUCAAAUGCAAUAUCUACAGCUGGAAACUGGUCGUUCAACUUUCUGGUGGUCAUGAUUACACCAGUGGCAUUUGAGAACAUCAAGAGCUUCACUUAUUUGAUUUUUGCAGUUUUGAAUCUGCUAAUGAUCCCAGCUGUUUAUUACUUGUUUCCUGAAACUGCUGGGAGGUCUUUAGAGGACUUGGAUGACAUAUUUGCUCAAUGUGAUCCUUGGAAGCCGUGGACAGUUGUCGAAAUUGCCAGGACACAUCCUAGAUCAGAAGUUAAAGUGGUGACCGCAGAUUCUUUGCUGGAUCAAGGCAAAGCGGAGGCAGAGAUGUACGAGGACUCAGAUGAGAUUUCCUAA